ACUUAAUUAUUAGUGUUACACAGGAAAGUGACAAGACAUUCCAUGAUUUCAUACAAAAUUUUAGUAAAACACAUUGUGACUUAAUGAACUUUACACAACAUGUCAAAUAGUUUGGACAGUUUUUUAACACGUAUUGGGGAUGUCACUAUAGAACGUGUGACUCCUCGUGCAGGCCCUAAACCUAAUGAAGCAGUAAUGUCGAAUGAAACUUCAACAAAUACAAACAUGAACAAUGUAGAGCCUCAAACUGGAAAUGAUGAAAGUUCAGAGGAAUCUAGUGGUGAAACGUCUGAUGGAGAACAUGACAAAAGAAAUGAUACAUUGCAGUCAGAGGAAAUAGAAGAAAUACGUUCUGAAGGUUCAGGAGACGAUAUGGAUUUAGAUGAAACUAUUGAUUCACAAAUUGGUGUACGUUUGGAAUCAGAACGGCAACAUCAUUCUCCACCUGAAGAGGAUGAUGAGGAACCAGUUAAUAUAUUGGAUACUUUGCCAUUGGAAGGAGCCCCGAUAGAGGGUCAAGAAGUAUCUGAAGCAGAUUUACUUGGGAAACCAAUUUCAAAGGACACAGAUGAUGAAGAAAGCAUAGGACAUGAAAAUGACAAACAUGAAAGUCAUUCCAUGGGAGAAGAAAGUACUGACAGCAACAAGAGGCAUGCUGAUUCAGAACAUUCUGAUACAAUUAAAAAGAAGCAGAAAAAAGAUGAUGGAACUGAAGGAUCUACAUCAGAAUGUGAAACAAAAGCAGAAAAGAAAUUAGCAAAUAUGAGGAGAAAUAUUCGUGAAGUUAUGGAUGAAACUCAGCUUGAUGAAGCUACUUUAUCAGCUCAGAGACAAGAAAUGGAACGUCUUCGAAGGGUACAAGAACAACAAAGAAUUAUUCGUGAAGUUCAACGACAGAUAGCAAUAAACAGACAAAAUAAUAAAACACAAACAAGAGUAAUUAGUCUUUUACAAGGAAAACAAAAUCAAGCAGGUACUACAAUAUCACAUUCAUCUUCGUCAUCGUCACCAUCUGCGCCAGUUCGCUUACCAAAUACAGUACUUCUUAAAGUAAAUUCUGGAUCUGGAACUGGAUCUCAGACUAUUUCUAGCAUGCAAACAAAUCAAAUACAAAGAAGAUCGGUAGAAGGAUCUCGGUGGCAAAAAGGUAGAGGUGUUUAUCAAGGAGCACAAACAUCAAUUUCUCGAGUUGCAAAUCGUCCUACUGGUCCCAAUAUGUUGCAACAAAGAAUUCGAAUGAUGACUCCUUCUGUGAGCAUAUCUCCUGUAGUUCCCAAAAAGGAACCUAUGGAUAGAUCUGAAUAUUACUCAGAUUCCGAAAUCUCGGAUCUAGAAGCUGAAGAGGCUUUACGUGAAAAACAAAUGCAUGCUACUAAAAAAAUGUUAAUUGGACCAAAGUCUCAGAAAGCAGCUAAAGGCAAAGAUGUGGUUACAAUAUCUAGUUCUAGCGAAAGUUCGGAUGAUGAUUGUAUAGUUUUAAGUGACCCAAGUGGAGAAGAAGAAACAGACAACGAAGAUGAUCCAUCCAAUUCUGGCAUGCAUACUAAUGAUAGAUACAACAUUCCAGAUGAACAUGGUAGAGUGUUAAUAAAUGUGGGUCAUCCUGAAACAGAGCCUGAUGUAUUUUUAGCUCCACAGGUAGCCCGUAUUAUUAAACCUCAUCAAAUUGGUGGUAUUCGUUUUCUUUAUGACAAUAUUGUUGAAAGCAUUGAGAGAUUCAAAACUAGUUCUGGUUUUGGUUGUAUUCUUGCUCAUAGUAUGGGUUUAGGAAAAACACUUCAAGUUGCUAGCUUUUGUGAUAUUUUUUUUCGAUGCACUACUGCUAAAACAGUUCUUUGUAUUAUGCCCAUUAAUACAUUACAAAAUUGGUUAGCAGAAUUUAAUAUGUGGUUACCAUAUGAAGAUCCUAAUGCCCCAGAAAAACAUGGCAAAAUCUUAGGUAUUAAAUCAGAAGCUGGUAUAGAAUUUAAACAAGAAGUUAAAGAUGAAGGUGGAAAUCAAAGUGACAUGUCAAAUAUGUCAAGUAUGUCAAAUAUCUCAAGGCCUAUUAGUACAGAAUCAGCACAUCGUUUUGGACAAGAAAAUACAUCUCAACCUAUAAAUAUUAUGCCAGAGAAUCCAUAUGUUCAUCAAGGAUAUGAACCUCAUAAUAUACCUGGUUAUGUGCAGGAUACUGUGCUAAAUAAAAAUAUGUCAGAUUCACAAGUACAUAUGAAUGAAAAUUACCAUAGUGAUAUUUCACAAAAUGCAUUGUAUAAUGCAAAUCCCAAUCCAAUGUCUACUUUUGAUACAAUGAAAUCAGAAGUAAAUUGUCAUGGCAUGCAACAGAGGCCCAGCAUGCCAGAUACAAAAUUUGGAGUGGAAAGUCAGAAUUCCAGUAACAUAUAUCCUGGUUUAGAAAACCAGCCACAAGCCCCUAUGUAUCCUGGUAUGGAAACUCGAAAUCCUAAUACUUUGUAUCAUGGAAUAGAAAGUCAUCAUACUGAGCCAAUGUAUUCUAAUUAUGAUAAUUCUACUAAUACUUUCCCUAACUAUACACAUCGAUCAACUCAAGAAUCAGAUCAAGAAUCAAGGAAAGAUUGUUUUAAGAAUACUUUACCCUCUAUAAAUACAGAAGUUAAUAUAAAAAAGGAACCAGAAGAAGUAAUUAAAAAAGAGGAAGGUACUUGUACAACAAAAGAAGAAAUAGUUAGUGAAGAGAAAAAGGAAAUUGAGAAAGUUAAAACUCCAUUCAGUGUAGAUGCUUGUAUUGGUAUGGAAAUGAGACCACGACAUUUUCGUUUGCAUAUUUUAAACGAUUCUCACAAAACCAUGACAGCAAGGGCAAAAAUAAUUCAAGAUUGGCAAGUAGGAGGUGGUGUUUUAUUAAUUGGGUAUGAAUUGUAUAGACAGUUAUCUUUAAAAAAACCAAACAAAGCAAAAAGAAAACGUGGGCAACCUUUCAAAGAUACUGUUGAUGUUGAAGAAGAAGACAAGAAUAAAGGAUUACUAGAUGAAAUGCAUACAGCUUUAGUUAAUCCGGGACCUGAUUUAGUUAUAUGUGAUGAAGGUCAUAGAAUAAAAAAUUCUCAUGCUAGUAUUAGUAUGGCUUUGAAACAAAUGCGCACAAAACGUAGGAUUGUAUUAACUGGUUAUCCAUUACAAAAUAAUCUUUUAGAAUAUUGGUGUAUGGUUGACUUUGUAAGACCGAAUUAUCUCGGAACUAAAAGCGAAUUCUGUAAUAUGUUUGAAAGACCAAUUCAGAAUGGACAAUGUAUUGAUUCAACACCACAAGACAUACGUUUAAUGAGAUAUCGUGCGCAUGUAUUACAUGCUUUAUUAGAAGGUUUUGUACAAAGAAGGUCCCAUUCUGUAUUGCAAGUCUCUUUACCACGUAAAGAGGAAUACAUUCUUCUUGUUAGAAUGACACCGCAUCAACGAAAAUUAUAUGACACCUUUAUGAAUCAAGUAGUUAAAACACGUGCUGUACCUAAUCCAUUGAAGGCUUUUGCAGUAUGUUGUAAAAUUUGGAAUCAUCCUGAUAUUUUGUAUCAUUUUCUGCGCAAACGGCAGGCUAAUGAAGAAGAUGAUUUGGAUUUAGAAGAAACAAUGGGUGAAAAACCUGCUCCCGGAGGUAAACGUUCCAAAGCACGACAAACGAAAGGGGAAUCCAAGAAAGGAAAGAAAACAAAUACAACAAUAAAAAAUAAACCUGCAGCUAGUGUACAGCCUAAUGCCUCUUCAUCAUCUAACACUGAUAAUGUAGAGUCUGAUACCUCACAUACCACUUCAAAACAAAAUAAUUAUUCUAAUUAUCCUCCUAUACCAAUGAAUAAUUCAGGGUAUUCAAAUUCUAUGUCACAAAAUUCUUAUCCCCAUAGUUAUCAGAAUUACAGAUCAAAUGAGCAAAAUACUUAUUAUAGGAAUGAUAAUAAUCAUGGAGAAUACAAUGAGUUUUAUAAUAACCAAGGAUCACAAAGGUAUGGAAAUCAGUCCUUCCAAACAUAUGCACAAACUCCAGGGUACAAUGCUUCACAAAAUUAUCCUAAUCAACCACAAAAUUAUAUGUCAAACAAUGAGCAAUCUGCAAAUAAUCAUUCUCAAAGGUAUCCAAAUACUCCCUCCAAUUCAGAAUUUCGUCCAGAUCAGAAUCAAGGAAACAAUUAUGAAGUACCUGGAAUGUUUUCACGUCAAUCUUAUCCUUAUCAAGAUCAUGGACGUAAUUAUGCAUCAAAUAUAAAUCAGGGAUCUAAUAAUUAUUCUCAAGUUCCAAAUCAGUCGUCUUUUCAAUCACAGAUGCCAAAUCAAUCUACAAAUAUGCCACUACCAGAUUAUUCUCCAUAUGCUUCAAAUCAAACUCAAAAUUAUAAUUCUGCAACAGGCCAAACAAAUUCAAUGUACUCACGAAAUGAAGGUCAAUCAUUACAAAAUUCUACACUAGGAUAUGGUGGAAAUCAACAAAGUCAAAAUUCAACAUCUCAAACUCCAACUGCUGGUUAUCUUCCAAGUCAACAAGGACAGAAUGCAACAUCUGGUCAAAAUCGUGGCUUUUCGCCGAAUCAACAAAAUCAAAAUCUUCCCUUGCAAAGUUCUUCUCAUACUUAUGCUGGCUCACAACCACAAAAUAUGCCAUUACCUAAUCAACCCCACAAUUAUCCCACCCAAGUAAAUCCAAAUCCUUCAUCACAAACAUCACUUAAUUUUAAUCAGCAAUCUCCAAAUCAUAUGUCACAAAGCCAACCUCAUCCAUAUAUGACAAAUUCAUCAAAUCAAGGUUCAAUUCCACAAAAUCAAAUGCGUGGGUAUCCUGCAGCAACUCAAAAUCAAAUAAAUGUACCACAGAAUUCAUCUUCAUACCCCACAAGCCAAUCUGUUCCAAAUGCUCCUACUCAAACACAUGGAUAUCCUCAAGAUCAGCAAGGGCCAGUUUCUAAUGCACAGAAUACUAUGCAUGGAUACUCACAUCUUAUGUCUCCAUCAACACCACAAAGUCAAUCUUAUCCACCUAAUGUACAAAAUCAAACAGGAGCUCCAUCAAGUGCAAAUCAUGCAUAUGGCCCUAAUCAUCAAGCUUCAGCACCAAUUCCACCAACUCCAGCUCAUAGAUAUGGUUCUUCUCAACAGGGACAAAUGCAACAAUCUCAGAAUCAAUCUCUUCCAUAUUCUCAAAAUCAGCAAGCACCAACCUCUUUAAAUCAAAGUGAUCAACUGUACCCUAGACCUGAUAAUCAACAACAAACUCAAAAUUAUACAUCAGCAGCUAACCCAUCCCACGAAUUUUCAACAGAUCGUCAAAGUGGAGGUUCAUCUACGAAUUCUACAAAUAAUUAUCCUGUAAACCAAACACAGCCUCAAAACAGUGUGUUAUCAAAUUAUUCAUCAGAUGGAGCACAUCAGAAUCAAGUAAAUCAAAUGAAAGGACCAGAGGAUCCUUAUUGGCAAAGAAAUUAUUCUCAAUCAUUUCAAUCUGAUCAGUGUAACGAUCCGUAUUAUCGGGAUGUAAAUCCUAAUGUGAAUCGAUAUCAGAAUAAUUACUUUCCAUCACAAAAUUAUCAAAACCAAUCUUAUGAUUAUAGUAAUAAUCAUAAUUCAGAUAUUAAUACACGCUCCGAUGAAUCAAAAUCCCAACAACCUAGUACUCAUAUUCAAAAUUCAGGAUCUGAGAAAACCAAAGGUAACAAAGAGAUGACAUCAAGUGUUGGUGUACAGAGUCAGACAAUUCAUCAAAAUAAUUUGUCUACAAGCUCAGGCUAUAGUUCUGAGUCAAACUGCCAGACUCCAGUAUCUAGAUCUGUGCAAAGUCAUAAUUCAUUGCAUAGUCCUCGACUAAAUCAAAGUGAUUUAGUAAAAGAAGAUGAAAAAGAUAAAGAAGACUUACUAGAUAAAGAUAAAGAAGAUAAAUCAGAUGACGAAAUUCUUACAAAAGAUGAAGAAAAGGAUUGUAAAAGUUUUCCAAGUGGAAAAGAAGAUCCUGGAAUCCCAUAUGAUUGGGCAACAGAGUUAAUGAAAGGAUAUGUACCAGGAUUAAUUGAUGCAUCUGCAAAAAUGACAAUUUUCUUUUGUAUUUUGGAAGAAGCUAUUAAACUUGGUGACCGUGUUUUAGCAUUUUCUCAAUCAUUAUUUACAUUGAAUCUUAUUGAAGAUUUUUUAGCUAGAAAUAGUUUGAAAUAUCCAGAUGGGCAAACAGAUGCUUGGAUUAAAAAUGUAAAUUAUUAUAGGCUGGAUGGUAGUACUAGUGCUUUAGAGAGAGAGAAGCUUAUUAACGAAUUUAAUAACAAUCCAAAAAUUCACCUUUUUCUUGUUUCAACACGUGCUGGUUCACUUGGCAUUAAUCUUGUUGGCGCUAAUCGUGCCAUUGUGUUUGAUGCUUCUUGGAAUCCUUGUCAUGAUACACAAGCUGUAUGUAGAGUAUAUAGAUAUGGACAACAAAAACCUUGUUUUGUUUAUCGUUUGGUCACUGACAAUUGUUUAGAAAGAAAAAUAUAUGACAGACAAAUUAGUAAGCAAGGAAUGGCAGAUCGUGUUGUUGAUCAAUGCAAUCCAGAUGCUCAUCUGUCACUAAAAGAAGCAACUACAUUAUCUUGGGAUUGGGAAGAAGAUAGUCAAGUACAAGAUUUUUCACAAACAAAAGACAGUUAUACUGAUGAAGUCAUGCAUCGUGUGUUAGAACGACAUUCUUCGUUGUUAACAAAACAGCCAUUCCAUCAUGAGAGUCUUCUUGUCGAUAGAAAAGACAAGAAACUUAGUCAAGCCGAGAAACGAUUAGCUCGGCGUGGUUACGAACUUGAAAAAAUGGCAGCUAAUUGUUCCAGACCUAGUUACAACUAUGUUCCCGGAAAUACUGCUACUCGGGCAGGUGGAUUACAAAUUCGAGCAAUUCGAGGUGGUGAUAGCAGUACUACUUCUAAGCCAGUUGCGUCGGUUAGACCAAUGCAGCAACGUGGUGCUGAAGGUUUAGGUUCACGAAGUGUGACGGGAAGUCGAUGGAUACCAGCAGAAGUAUGGCAGAGGCAAGGAAUGAGCGCUCAAGAAAUGACGUUACCUUUAGAUGUUGUUAUUCCUACAAAUUCACCUGAUAAAGGAAGUAUUGUAUUGAAAGCUGGUCAACGAGUGAUGGUACUGAAAAGUCCAAAGGGCAUUUAUAUGCAAUUGGAAUCGGGUAAAAUUAUUGCUAUUCGAACAGCUCUUAAGCUGAAUCAACAAAAGCGAGAAGAAGAGCCGAAAAAAGGUGUAUCGUCAGUUACGCAGAGGAAUUCAAAACCAGAAGUCGGAUUUCCACUAAGAAAUAAUUCAGCUAUCUCUAUAAUACCGAAAUCAUCUUCAAGUAAUCAACCAAGUGGUCGUUCAAUCAAUAAGCCGGGAAGUGGUCCUAACUACAGGCCGUUUGCUGACAAAGAAGCCUCAAAAAGACCAAAACCCGUUGCUACCGCAACUGCUAAACCUUAUUUGAGUCAAGUUACUUUAACUAAUCAAGUUUCUCUACAAAGAUUACCAAAAGUAAAACAAGAACCGGUAGAUCAUUCGACACUUGGAGAAAAUUCGAACUCUUCAGAUGGUCAAGUUAGAACAGAACAAAGGGUGGAAGAAGUCAGAUUGGAGGAUGUAGUUGCUGAAGUAAGUUCGAACACAGAUUAUAGUCCUCCUAAUCAUAACCGCGUAACCAAUUCAGAUACCGAUACUUCUCUACAAAAGUCAUCUGAAGAAAAUAAUCAAGUGUAUACUUCGGAUUCUGUAACUGCGCAAAGUGUUCAAACGCAGCAUGAUCAAACGGAAACAGAAUUGUCGUCAAAAAUAGAUAAACAGUGUUCUCCUUUGAUUGAAAAAGAAAUUACGAAAACAGCUGAUACAUUAACAAAUUAUGGGCAUAGUUUUCCAACUCAAACAGAAAAAAGAGAUGCGUCCAGUGAUGAUAUUAUAAUUGAAGAUCCAUCUCCUCAAAUACAGCCUCAAGUACCAUCGCAAAUACAGCCACAAGUACAGUCACAAGUAUCACCUCAAGUACCACCUCAAGUAUCAUUGCAAGUACCACCACAGUUACCUUCACAAAUACCACUUCAGAUAUCUCCUCAGUUAUCGUCACAAGGACCACCACAAAUACCGCCUCAAGCAAUAUCUCAAGCCGCAUCACAAGUUGCAACGCAAUCAACAUCAUCUGGUCCAUUACCACCGCUGUUAACGCAGUCUAUACCGUCGACUAUGCAAGUACCACCAACACCUGCAUUACGAGGCACGGAAAUAUCUAAAAGUAUAACGGACUCAACUAUUGGCUCCUCUACUACAUCUAUGUGUACUGGAACAAAUACCAUGACAUCUCCAAAAACAACAGAACCAAGUAUGCGUGAAAGUUCCAUGCAAAGCGAGCCUCCUAAUGUUCCACAAGGUUAUCCUUACGCUCAGUAUCCUCGAUACUAUGAUUAUAGUGAUCCUCGAUCACGAUCAUUGUCUACUCCUUAUGGAACGUAUUUCCCUGGUGUGCCCCCUCACGCAGCGAAUCCUAGAUUACCAAUGGAUACCGCUAAGGCACAACCAGACUUGGGGAAACCUAUGGAAGAGAGGACAAUGAUGAAUGUGCCACCUGCAUAUUCGCAAGUACCUAAUACUACUGCCAAAACAUUAGUAAAUACCACAGAAGCAAAAGGUGCAGAAGCGAUGGUAACUACAACGGUUGCAACUACUCCCACUAGGGAUGAUACGCAUAUACCUACUGCGUUUAGUCAUCCUACGAGUAGUCGUUACCCUGGACCUUAUCCACCGGGACCGUAUGACCCAUAUUCACAACAUUAUCCUCCCGCACCCGGUUCUUCAGCAACUUAUCCACCAGGUGGUGCUCCUGGAUAUCCAGCGUAUGGCGGACCGAGUUACAAUACGGAAUAUGCUCGCAUGUACACAGCAUUUCAUGGUCCUCCUCCACCAGCAGAUCCGUAUAUACAUAGAAGUUAUGCACCCCCUUCUUCACAUCCGCCUAAUUAUUACCCUCCAUUCCCACAUCCACCACCACCUUAUCCGAAUUAUUCAUUUUUGUCGCCAUAUCCAAACCCUAAUAUGCCUAGCGAGCCACAACCACCUGCUCAGUAGGAA